AUGCACCAGACGCCAAAGCAAGUCUGGGCCCACAGAAAUCAGCUAACGGAGUAUCAAGUAUGGGUAGCGUAUCGAGUUGCGGUACGGCAGCUCAACUUGUACCACGAAGGCAAGAAACAUGACAGCAGUUGCAGAAAACUAGCAGCAUGUCAAGGGCAAAAGGAAACGAUGGAGCACAUCUUCUGGGAGUGCUCCUGCGCCCAGGCUUUGGAGAAGAUGCAGAAAACAUACCCGGACGACAUUAAGCACAUCAUACUGGAAUGGAAACGCAUCUGGCAUAUCCUGUGCACAAUUUGCCUUACCAGCCUGUGGACACAGCGCAACAGGGUCGUCUUUCAACAAGCCCAGGUGACAGAGGAUUCCAGUGCGACAGAAUUUUGGGGGACGGCAAUGCGUCAGCUGAGAGCGCUGGGGAAACGUGAAUGCCGACAACCGGAGACUCAAUUGCGAGGAACUCAUUUACUUCUAUGCCUGCGGGUACUAGAACAAAAACCACGAGAGCACCCGAGACAGCGGGUGAGCCCCGUACAAUUACCGGACUCGCAAGAGGAACCGGCGUUGCUAACCAGGCUUAGGAAAUACCAGACAGCUAGUCGUCGUUAA